UUUAUUUAAAUGGUGCUAUAAAGUGAAGUAAAGGGCACUAAAUUGCGUGAGAGAGAUCACUUUGCUGGAAGACAAUAGCAGAAACCUUACGAACUUUAAUAAUGAAAAAAUAAAAUCACAGUACAGCCACUCUAGUGCGUUUACAGCCUCAUCAAAACUGAAUUACUCCAUUACAACUACAACAUUUUUAAAUUAACAAUCUUUAUCUCAGUUUACAGCCCAUGAACUCUAUCGUUAACAUCCGAGUAGAAAACAAAUGAACUUGAACAAAAUGCAUUUUAAAACUUCAGUGUUUCAAAGUGGUAGUCGUUACUAGAUGCCGCGAGGUCACCAUGUGAUGGCCAACACCGUGAGGAAAGUGAAAAGAGGCAAAGCCAAAGAGUUCACGAACUACGUGCAGCCUCCGUGCAUCGUGGUGUCCCCCCCGCCCCCCGCGCCCCCCGUGACUCCAGCAGGCGAGAUGAAGGUCGCGGCCACACACACUGAAGUCAAGAACAUCAACGUCGUGAUGGCAAACAAUAGAGAGAAUGCCGUCGACAGCCACGACGCACCCUCCACUUCGCAAACCAACCCCCGUGACAACAACAUCAACUUCAACGUCAACCAACUGAUAGCGGAGCUGUCGCAGAACUCUAGAGCGUCUAAGGGUGAAAUAGAGAAUAUACAGAGGAAGCUUCUGCAGCAAGCCAACGAGAUACUAAAAGUGAACGCGUUUGCAAACCCGCAGCCGGCGGCCGGGCCCCGGAUCAUUGACAGCACUCAGAAGUACAGCUCAUCAGCUCCUGGGUAUGGCAGGAUCCCCGUCAUUGUGCCGAGGACGAGCAACUCUAUGCCACAAGGAUCUUUAGCCAAUCAAGACAAUCAAAACCUAGACGUUUCGCGCCAACCGCCACAUUCCAUGACGAGGGACAAUCAACUCGGUGACACGCAACUAGUUCCCGAGCGCCUGCAAGAAGCCCCGGGGACGCUCGCUGCGGCCUCCAUGAUAAAUGGCGGGCAGGGAAAUAUGCAAAGAGUCGCCAUGUCGGAGGGAAGAGGCAGUUUUUUCUAUGAAACGGGUUUGCCAGCGGCGGCGGCGGCGGCGCCGGUGGCGGCGGGGGCCAGUCCGCGCGACGCGCCGCGCAGAGGAGUCCCGGGGGUCCCUCCGUACCGCAUGCCGCCCGCGCCCGACGCGCUGCCGGGCGCGCCCGCGCCGCCGCCGCUGCACACACACUCCAACAAGUUCCCCAUCGAGCGCUCAGUGAUUCUGUCGUCUGCGGAGAAGGGCUCCAAGGUGCCGGUGCUGGAGCGGCGGCGCCCGCGCGUGGCCGCCGUCGCGCCCGACGCGCCGCCCAAGCCGCACGCCGCCUGGACACAAGCUGAGAACCAGCAGGCGGGGCCGUCGGCCGACUUCAGACAGUACCAGGAAACCUACGGCUAUGCCAUGAACCAGGGAGCCGUCCCGAGGAACCACCCCGGAUACGAACCCUCGCCCAAACCUCCCGUUCCAGCUAAAAACACUGCCAUCUACGGACAGAAACCGGAAACACCGAACAACAGUCAAUCCAUCACGGUCACCGUCGAAACAGGGAAAGACAACACGAGAGAUGCACCGAAGAGCGCAAAGUCUGUCAGUAAAACUUACAACACGCUCAAAGACAUGAUUUCAAGUAGAUUUAAGAAUAAAGAUAGCGGAGACAGUGAGAAGCAGAGCGAGAGUGCUCCAGCGUUGAACAACAGUGAGGAGAGGAAGAAGUCAGAAGAGCCGGUAACUCCUCGGAACUCGGAGGGCAGAAAGUUGGAGCAGGGCAUCUACGGGCGGCCGAUCCCGCAGUCUCGACCUGACGCGCAGUACAGUCACCCGCCCAACAACAUGGCGUAUCCCAGCCCCUCUACACAUAGACUGAUGCAGCAGCAGAUCGUGCAGCAGCAGAUGCUCCUCCAACAAGCUCGCUCGCAGGAGAUGCUGGCGAGCACGCCGCACGCGCGGCCACUGGCAGUAGGAGGCGAGUCGCCCCACACCCGCCCGAUGGCGCUGGGGGCUGACUCACUGUACCAGCAGUACGGGCCGCCGCCGCCGGGCCGGCGCAGCGCCAUGUACCAGAGAGACAUCGAGGCGAGGAACAUGGCCAACUUCACCUCGCUGAAGCAGACUGGCGGGCCGAGCCAGUUGGACAAUUCUCACACGAGCCACUCGAGGGCCGACCUCAGGAGUCCGCAGCAACUGGAACGGGAAAUCGUUCGACAUCAGGGCCUAGUGGUCGGCCGGAGAGCCGCUUCGCACCCACACCUUCUCGACGACCCUCAGCCGAGGCAGGAAAUCACAACACCACAAAUACACGAUAGAUCACGAAGAAAUUCCCACGGAAACCUCCUAGAGAGAGUAGAACGGGAACAUGCCAGCUCACGACAGAACUUCGAGGAACGAGAAUCAGACGACGGCGGCUUCAGAUCAAGACGAGCUACGCAAGACCGCUCCAGUUUCGAAGACAAAGCCAGAAGUAGCGGUAGAUCCUUAGAAUCAAGGCAUGAGCAGCAGAGAAUGCAGGAAAACCACUACAGAAGGACACCAGAUAGCAAUCACAGGACGCCAGAUAUGAUUCACAAGGAGCGAAGAACUCCGGACUCAAUACAUCAUCAGAGGAUAAAGGAGGAGAGUGGAAUGGACAGGAACGACGAGAGUGCUAGUCAGAAGUCGGCGGAUAGCGUGUACAACUCGAGUGGCAAGACGGAGCCCUACGCCCCGCAGCCGUCGUCGUCGCGGCAGACUCCCAGCCGGAUCGAGGACCUCAAGACACACGGAAAGAAAGGUGCGGCGGGCUCUGGAGCUAGUUCAGACUACGACAAGAAUGGUGGAGUAUCUUCCAACGUGGACUCUGGCCGGGGCAGCGUGGCCUACUCCAGCGGGCGCGCGCCGGCUAGCCCACACGAUACGUCGGCCGAUAGUGAUGCUGCCCGGGCUCCGCCGCCGCCCGCGCAGGGGACCUCGCAGACCGGCGAGAGCGAGUGGGCGGACAUCGUGGAGUGCGAGCUGCGUCAGAUCCUGGAGCCGCGGCUGGCGGGGCUGCGCCUGCACUCGUCCGCGUCGUCCGGCGGCUCCGUCACGCCGCCGCUGCCGCCGCUGUCACCGGCUUCCGACGUGCAUAAGAGGAAUAGCCUGCCGGCUCGCAGCUCCGACUACCCGGAGGAGCGGCGGCGCGGGGGGCGCGAGGGGCGCGACGGGAGGGAGUCCCCGCGCUGGCACGGACAUAAGAAACACUUCUCCAAGAGGGACCAUCACUAUAAGAAACAUUUAUUCGGCCUAGACACCACCGACAUGACAUCAACCACGACGCGCAGCCUGGACCUGUCCUCGCUCCUGGACGGCCGCUCCGACAGCUCGGCUUCGGGCGACGCGCGCGCCAUACGCCGCCAGCUCCGCGGGCUGGAGACCAUGUAUGCAGAGGUGCUGCAGUUGUUGGGGGUUAGGAAGCCGCAGAGCUUGCCGAAACACCCGGCUUGGGAGUCCAGGUUGUCGUCGAAGCGUCGCUACGGCAGCAUGUCGUCGCUGCCGUCCAGCUCCGUGAGCUCGCGUCCGCGCGACAAGCGCCGCUCCGAGCAUCGGAAGAAGAGUGAUAUGAAGGGCAUCAACAAGCGCUUCCAGCGCCUCGAGUCCCACGUGGUGACGCUGGCGCGGUCCGUGGCGCACCUGUCCAGCGAGAUGCGCACGCAACACCUCGUCAUGCAGGAGAUGGACAACAUCCGCGCCGAGAUACAGGCGCUGAGGCAUAUGUACAAGAGCCAGCAGUACAUCCGCGCGGGGCACCCCCGCGGUGCGGACCCGGCGGCACUCGGGGACCCGGAGCGGGUCAAGCGACUCACCAAGUUCUUCGGAGACGAGCCGCCGCUCAUGAGGCUCUUCUUGAAGAAGCUGGGAUAUGAGAAAUACGCGGGUCUCCUGGAGAAGGAGAAGGUGGGAGCAGCAGAGCUUCCCUACGUGGGUGAGGACCGGCUGCGCGCGCUGGGCGUGCCGCUCGGGCCAAGAAUGAGGAUCCUCAAGGAGGCCGGGGUGCACUCCGACAUACACCUGCCCAGGGAUGACGGGCAUCACACGACCACCACGCUGGCUAUUGUGUGAAGGGGAUUGGGGACGGAAAUGAUUGA